AAUUUUUUAUCUGUUCCACACGCAGUUUCAGAACGGAUGGCAAGCUUCGGUACGGCCGCUAGUAAAUUUCUGGAAAAACAGCGAUAAAAGCCUAAAUAAAGUCAAAUAGUUUAUAAAGAACAUCCAAACGUUCUACAUUUAUAUCCUCUCCAUCGAAAAUGUCCCACACGAUUUUAUUGGUUCAACCUGGGCCUAGGCCUGAGACGAGGACUUAUUCCGACUAUGAGAGCGUCAACGACUGUAUGGAAGGCGUAUGUAAAAUAUACGAGGAGCAUCUGAAAAGACGAAAUCCUAAUACGCCGACUAUCACAUAUGAUAUAUCGCAAUUGUUCGAUUUUAUCGAUCAGCUCGCAGACCUAAGCUGUCUAGUCUACCAGAAAUCCACAAACACGUACGCACCAUACAACAAAGACUGGAUUAAAGAGAAGAUCUACGUCUUACUACGUCAAGCCGCAGGCCAGGGCGAUUAGUUUACAACAUUCUUAAACAGAGUAUAAACACAUGGAGUAAGUAUUUAAGUACUGUAGAUAUGUGGUCUUACUACAAAAACUUAAACUGUGUCAAACACUUGUCUAAAAAAAGUGUGUCAUAAAUUGACAUUUUUUUAGACAUGUGUUAAACUGACGUUUAAAAGUUUUUGUGGUACGACAGAGAUGGGGUUUAGAAUUUGUAAUUGAGUAACUUUCGUACAAAUUGUCUUCGUCUAUCGGUUAACGGUAAUAAGUCAACUCAGUUCUUUUUGCUUGGGGUGUGUGCACUAUGUAUCUAUAACCAAACCAUAAGCAGGUGUAAAAUCGCUGUCCCGUUGGUCGGAAUACGUGAUUGACAACUAAAAAUGGAUUGUUUAUCGUUAAAGUUUAAUGGUGAAACUCAAUGUUAAGAAUUUUUUGUGUGUUUUGUUUAACAUACCUUUAAAAUAAAUCUGUAUCAAAUAUUUUCACUUCUGUUAGUUUUGUUACUAUGUAAAUUAAUUGUACUCAAUACUAUUUCAAUCUAUGAUAACUCCAUUUCUUUCAUAAUAAGGAUGUGAAAUGAAACCUUAAAUGUAAACUUUUGGAUACAAAACUGAAUUGAACUUGAUUUUAGGUAUGAACCAAAGUUAAUGAUGGAUCGCAACUAAUUUCAGAGCACAAUUAUGCUCAUGUAGCCCAUUCAUAGGCCAUUCAAUUUGUGUGCUAUUAUUCUGGUGCCUUUUCCUAAUCAAAGAUGUUGAGAAGACUUUCUUAAUUAUUAUUUAUAUUUAUUUAAAGCCUUUUUAUUUCCAUUUCUUUACAAUAGUAUGUUAAUUAUUAUUUGUUUUAAUUGUUUAUUUAAAAAAUGGAUCCCAUAUGGGUAUAGGCUUCUUAAUUAAAUACAGCAAUAAUUUUGGAUAAUUCAACCUGAUACUCUCAGUUUCUUGAUUUUAAAAUUCUUUAAAAACUGUCUUAUUAUUAUGCUUAAAUAUUUCUUUUAAAACUGGUUUCACAUGUGUGAACGGAAGUCGCCAAUUUUACUACAUACUUUCAUUACCUUAAAAGUUAGAAGGUAAAUAUUUAUAUAUAUGUAUAUUCAUAUUUACUCCAUGUGCCUAGUACUCCAUUAAUUUGUAGCUUAGUGAUAUUUGAAGGCAAUUUCUGUAAAAAUCAUCUUUCAGUCUUACCCGACUGCGCUAAAACAGAUUUGUAAUCAGUUUCAAAAGUAGGAUAAAUGGGGUUUAUAGUUCUUUUCAAAUAAGUUUGCUAACCCGAAGUUAGCUAUAACAUAAAAAAAUUGCCUCCAAAAAUCGCCAUUAAUUUGUAAAAUAUAUCUCAAAAUAUGUUUUCGUUUUAAUUAUUUUUUUGUUGGUAUAUAACAAAGACUAUUUCGAUAUUAGUUCUUCAAUAAGUACCUAAUUAAACUGUGUGGUGAGGAAAUUAAAUUAAUGAUGUUAAUUAAUUUAAUAUUAAUAAUAAAUCAGGUUUUUUGAUACACAGUGUGGUUGUGUGAUUUAAAUUUCAAAAGAACUCAAAAAAGCAGGACUGCUUGCUUAAAACUUCUUAAAAGGGUAUCAAAAAUAACUUUUCAAGUAAGAAAAUGGAUCAUAAAACAAAGUAUAGUUUUCAUUAAAUAACUAUGCCACGCCGAAGUUAGCUAAAAAUGACUUCACAAUAGUCAUAAUGUACUUACAAAAUCUGUAUUCAAAAAUAAAUAAAAUGUCAUUUAUAUCAGGCAAGUUCACCCAUAUCAGAAAACAGAUUGGUCACACAAAGAAAUUAUUAUUAUUCAUUAGAAAAAAAAAGUAUUACUUAUCUUACAGCCAUUUUGUAUAUUCCAUUAUGUAUCUGUUGAUUUGCUUCCUAGAGACAGGCAUUUAACAUGACUUGAAUAGGGCUAAUCAAAGAAAUAACAAUAAAUUCUAUAAACAAUACCAACAAAUACAAUUCUAUAAAGAAUAACAACAAAUAUAUAGAAUAAUGUGAACAACCGUUAAACGAGGUAUACCUAUGCGAUGAGUCAAAUAGCUAACUUCACACUGGCAAAGAUAUUCUAUGAAAACUACGUUCCUGUUGAUUUCGAGUUUCAAAAUAACUUUCUACUACGCUGUUGUGUGUGCGUCUAAUUGAAUAAGGAAACACGUCCAUUUUGAACAGACUUCAAAAAGUUCAAAAAUACUUCAGAAUCUUUUUUUUCUGUCAUUUAAUUAACGGGUCAAUUGAAAAAGUAAUGAUUGUUAUAUAUAUACAAUUAUAAAUAAAUAAAUAUAUUCUGAUGAUUAUUGAAAAGCGCUCUAAAACUGGAUUUUAGAAUGCGCCUAAUUGUUUUAACCUUAAAGGCGAUUUACACCAUUUAACUAUAACGAUAACCAAACCAUAACCAGCCGUAUACUUGCCGCCCAUUGGUCACAUCGGCGAUAUGACAACUGAACAUUUCUCGGUUAUAGUUAAAUGGUGCAAUUCAGCGCAGCUAGAAAUAUUGAUCAGCUAAAUUAAAAUUAAAAACGAAGAUCGCUAUAUUUUCUUUAAAACAAAUGAUUAAUUAUUAUUAAUAAGUGUGUUUUUAAGGGUGCGUCUACACGGUGCAUGUAGCUGGAGCAAGUUAACUUGAGCAAGUGACAAGUGCACGCGGGUGGGAAAGAAAAAUUCUUUGGUAUAAUCAUCGGCACGAAUCUUGAGCGCUGACCUUCACCUACGCAGAAGUGAUUUAUUAGCAAAGAACCAAUUCCGAGUGACGGCUAUGACGCGAUGCGCUGCGGGCCAAUCACCGCUUUAGCCCGCCCCCUGCGCCUCACUUCAUACCACAAAAGGGAUCCAAUAAAUCACUUCUGCGCAGGUGAAGGUCAGCGCUCAAGAUUCGUGCCGAUGAUUAUACACGCGCGAGUCGCUGGACCCGCACGUGUUUUAAAUGCAUAUUAACUGCGCAUGUGCUACUUGCACCGUGUAGAAGCACCCUUAUUUUAAGUUAUGUAGGUACAAGAUGUGUAAGUCAUUUUUUUUUACUUCCUCAUUUGUUACUCUCUAUGUUUAAGAUAGAUACUAUUAAGUACCUAAGUAAGUGUAAAAUAAAAAUUUGGCAAUAAUAAA